UGCGGCUGCCGCGUCAGGCCCAGGGGGCCCCACCUCGCCCGACUCCGCCCCGCCGCCGCCGCCGGGGCCGCCUCCCGAAAGGGCUGAGCCGCUGAGCUGGCCGGUUCCACGAGUUUGACAGUUUGAGGAGGAGGAGGAGGAGGACGAGGGCGCCACGGCAGCCAGCGCCGCCGUCCCCGCCGGUUCACCUCAGCUGCGUGGAAGGGGAAGGCGGCUCCGAGGGGAGUUUUGUUUCUAUCUCUGAGGGAGUUCUUGUCUCUUCCCGGCUGGAAAAAAAGCCGCCUCAGGGGAAGGGGAAAAGCGCGCCGGUCGCCGUCGUCGUCCUGAGGGAAAGUUGUCUCGGCCGCCUCAGCCGCAGUUGCGCCUUCUUGCCUCUCCUCCCUUCCCGUUCCAAGCAGCAGCAGCACCUCCACCACCACCAUGUCUCGGGACCCAGAAGAGGUGAAUAAGUUGACGGAAAGCACCUAUAAAAAUGUUAUGGAACAGUUCAAUCCAGGGCUGCGGAAUUUAAUAAACCUGGGGAAAAACUAUGAAAAAGCUGUUAAUGGUAUGAUUCUUGCUGGAAGAGCCUACUAUGAUGGUGUUGCUAAGAUAGGAGACAUUGCAGUUGCAUCACCUGUUUCUAAAGAAUUGGGGCAUGUUCUCAUAGAGAUUUCUAUUGCACAGAAGAAACUGAAUGACAGCUUAGAAGAAAGUUUCAAGAAAUUCCAUAAAGAAAUUAUAUCUGAGCUGGAGAAGAAGACUGAACUAGAUGUAAAAUACAUGAAUGCUACUUUGAAGAGAUACCAGAAUGAACACAGAAGCAAAUUGGAUUCUUUGGAAAAAUCUCAGGCUGAACUGAAGAAAAUCCGAAGGAAAAGUCAAGGAGGAAGGAAUGCAACAAAAUAUGAGCAUAAAGAAACUGAGUAUUUGGAAACAGUGACUUCUCGACAGAGUGAUAUUCAAAGAUUUAUUGCUGAAGGUUGCAGAGAAGCUUUACUUGAAGAGAAAAAAAGAUUCUGUUUUCUGGUUGACAAGCACUGCAGUUUUGCUCAACAUAUGCAGUAUUACCAUGUAGAGUGCUCAGAGUUACUUAACGCCAAGUUGCCUAAUUGGUUAGAAACUUGCAGCGAUGCUACCAAAGUGCCGGAGAAAAUCAUGACCAUGAUAGAAGAGAUAAAGACCCCUGGCUCCACUCCAAUAUCAGGAACUCCUUUGCCUUCGCCAAUGAUAGAAAGAAGCAGUAUGCUUGGAAACAAUUAUGACUCACUUCAUAGAAGUUCCCCCAGAGUACCCCCUGCACCCACAGGGAGAGCCUAUACUAGUCCUUUAGUUGACAUGUUUAACAACCCGUCAAUGGCCCCAAAGGCACCUUCAGAGAGAUUAAAUAAUUCAACAGAUCACGCGGAUGAUUCCAGUUUAUCACGAUCAACCUCUGUUGCCACAGGACUAAAUAUAAUGAAACGGCCAAAAGUUAAAACAAUAUUUCCUCACACCGCUGAGAGUAACAAGACUCUACUUAGUUUUGCACAGGGAGAUAUCAUCACACUACUUAUAUCUGAAGAAAGGGAUGGCUGGCUGUACGGAGAACAUGAUGUGACUAAAGCAAAAGGAUGGUUCCCAUCAUCAUACACAAAGCCUCUGGAAGAACCAGUGGAGGAGGCGAUUCGAGUGCCAGUGCCAAGUCCUGCACAUAUCCGAAGCAUCAGCUCAGUAAACUUAGCAGAGAGAGGUACAGUUAUCCUUCCCCCACCAGAUUACUUGGUACCUGGACAAACAAGAGCAACUUCAGAAGCAAGGCUGGAAUCUUCUAAAAGUUCUACUCUUAAAGCACCAGUAGCCAAACCAGAAAGUACCUCUCUUAAACCUGACAUGAAUGGCAUUAUAAAACCACCUUUCCUAAGUGGAGAAAAUCCCUUUGCUACCGUGAAACUCCGACCAACAGUAACAAAUGACCGAUCCGCGCCAAUACUUCGAUGAACAACAGUAACUCUUUUUUACCCUUCCUUGUUAAACACUGUCUUCAGCAAUAUGAUUUUCAAAUGCUAUCUGAAGUUGUUGUUUUUAAACAUUAUUUAAAUGUAAUUAAUGUGUACAGUAGCACUGGAAUGCUGACUUUUAAAAAAUAUUUUUGCUUCCUAUAUCAGCUAAUUAUUGAUGGGUUAAGAUGCUUGAAAAAUCUCUCCAUAUUACAGUGUGCCUUGUUUAGGAAGACAGAAUUGUCAAAAUAGGGAAGAGGUUUGAGUAAAUUGUAAUUACCAGCAUAAUUGAUCAUUUAUUGCUCUGUGCAAGUUGUAUUGAUAGUCCUAUGGGUAAGUUCCAAUUAUUAUUUAAGUUUGCUUGUACCGUUUACUUAGAUACAUGAAUACGCUUAGCCGAUUUUUAAAUAGACAAGCCAUUUUAAGGAUUGCUUUAACAUACAAUAGAAUACUAUGUAAAGCAAUAGUCUUUGUUUCUGCUGGGUAAGAUAAAUGUCUUAGAAUAAAGUAAGAAUAAAUAUUGAUCUUCUGAAUGUUCAGAGAAGUGUAAUAUCCUUAACAUGGUUUGCAAUAUGCCAAAGCACAAUAUUAUACUGUCUUCCUUUUAGCAAGAUUCUAUUGAAUAGGACUGAUUGAUACAAAUUCUUUCAGUGAUAAAUAACUACAAUUAGAAA